AUGCACAUAUAUCUCAUUAGAUCAACGAGUCCCAUACCAAUCCAUCCCAAUCUGUCUUCGUAUCCUAUUCCACCUACGGAAGAACUUCACCACAAGCUCACACAAGCACUAUACAAUAAUCAAACGAACGAUUCCAACAAGAAGAAGAAGAAGAAGAAGAAGAAGAAAAGAGUCCCUAAGUACAAGAAAUACACCAAAGAGCGAGGAAGGUGA